AUGACCAAACAAGUAUUCUCCGUCCCGGUAUUCCUCAUCGUCCUUCGGGAGACUAUCGAAGCCGCCAUCGUCGUGUCCGUCCUCCUCGCUUUCCUUAAGCAGACCCUUGGUGGUCCAAAUGGAGAUCGAGCUGCGUACAAGAAGCUAGUAAAGCAUGUAUGGAUCGGAGCACUGCUCGGAUUCCUCCUCUGUCUCAUCAUCGGCGGUGCCGUCAUUGGCACUUUUUAUCGCCUGGGUAGGAACGUUUGGGAAUCCGCAGAAAACAUUUACGAGGGCGUUUUUUACCUUGUUGCCGGCCUCAUAAUCACAGUCGUGGGCGCUGCUCUACUCCGCAUUGGAAAGAUGCAAGAGAAAUGGCGCUUGAAGCUAGCCAAGGCUCUCGAUACGCCAACGCCGUCCACCAACGCCGCGGGCAGGUUCAAACGCUUCACCAUGAAGUACUCUCUCUUCCUGCUAUCCUUCAUCACCGUAAGCAGAGAAGGAAUUGAAGGUGUCGUGUUCGUCUCAGGCGUGUCUUUCUCUGCUCCCGCCACGGCCAUCCCCCUUCCUGUCGUUGUCGGUCUAAUCAUUGGCAUCUUUAUCGGAUAUCUUUUAUACAAGGGAGGUUCUUUAGCCACGCUACGGGUGUUUUUGAUCGUCUCCACCUGUCUGCUGUACCUAGUCGCCGCGGGCCUUGUCGCCCGUGCGGUAUGGUACUUUGAAGCUGAUCGAUGGAACAAGAUCGUCGGGGGUGACGCUGCCGAGUUGGGCGAUGGCCCCGGCUCCUACGACAUCCACCGCAGCGUCUGGCACGUAAACUGCUGUAGCCCCGAGCUCAACGGCGGAGGCGGAUGGGGCAUAUUUAAUGGCAUUCUCGGCUGGACAAACUCGGCGACGUAUAGCACAAUUAUCACAUACAACAUCUACUGGCUCAUCGUCAUCAUCUCGUUUUUGAGUAUGGGCUACCUUGAUCUCCACGGGCAUUGGCCAUUGAUCGGCCGCAAAACCACGCGCCAGCAAGACUCUGACCAAGAACCGAGCGUUGGGUAA